GAACAGACCUGUAGAUGACACAGAUAUGUACUGCACCACCAUCUCCACUGACACCCGAAACAGACAAAGCAACCGGGAUUCCUGGUCAGGCACAGGAGGACAACCGGACGGGACUGUGCAGCCGUGAUGACGGCAGCUGCGUCCUCUGCCUCUCAGUGUCCAUUCUCGUUUUCUCCUUAUAACUUCUGCUCCCUCGCAAGCUGCCUUGUCAUUCUUUGAUCCUUUCUGGCUCCGUCGACCAGCGGCUAAUCUUAUUCUUUCCCAUUUCAGCACCUUGGGUGUGCAUACCAUCUUUCCGGCUAUCCCGUAUUCCUGUACGAUGGGGGUAUUCAAGAACUUCAUCGAGCCUGGUGGCAUCGUUAUUAUCUUUACCGCUACUGCCCUCUACAACCGCCGUCGCCGUCGUCCUGCCGUCAGCCCAUCAGACGCUCCUACCGUUGAAUCUCCCUUGCUCCCGGAUCCAAAUGAUCCAAAACCGAUAGAGGAGGAUGGUUACAUUCGAUCAGCUGAGAACAGUCGCACAGUCCAGUCGCGAAUCCUUGCCCGCUUUCCCUUCCUGAUAGAGAUAUGGUACUGGCUGCUUAUAUACUGGAUCUAUCAGGGUCUACGUGCAAUCUCAGCAAGAGCUAUCAGCGGGCACGACUCCAUCUUCGACAGAGCCGAGCACCAUGCCCUUCAGAUCCUUGCGCUGGAAAACACUAUCCAUAUUGAUGCCGAGUUGGCGGUGCAGCAAUUCGUCCUCACGAAAGCGCCCUGGCUCAUGCCCUUUUUGGCCCGUGUAUACUACUCGCAUAUAAUGCUGGGCGUGGCAUUCUUCGCCUACAGUUACACCUUCAUGAAGCGCGACAAGUUCCAAGCUAUCCGCCGCGCGCUGGCCUUUGAGAAUGUCAUCGCCUUUGCUAUUAUAACCCUAUGGCGGUGCUCGCCGCCCCGUCUCCUUCCGGAAGAGUACGGUUUCAUCGAUGUGUUGCAUAGUAACGAUGGCGGCUCCGCCUGGACGCAGAAUAAGUUCCAGCUCACCAUCGCUGCAAUGCCCUCGCUGCAUUUCGGCAACUCGAUGUUCAUCGCGUUGUGUCUGGUCAGGUUCAGCCCGCACUGGUACUUUAGGGUCAUUGCACCUCUGUGGCCUGUACUCAUGGCGUUCACAAUCGUCGCGACAGCUAACCAUUUCAUUCUCGAUGCGGUGGUUGGGGCGUGCGUGGUGCUUGUUGCGUACCGGUUCAACUAUGUCAUGUUGGGUCUUUUGCCCGUGGAGAGACUGCUGUUCAGACUGCUGCGGUUGGAGAAGCCGUAGAGUUUUGAAUGUGUAUACUUAGCUGGCUAUCAAUAUUACGUUGGAUAUUUGUAUCGGAUAUGGGUUGACCCGAUAUGUAAGCGCCCAGGCAUGGUGACGGAUUCCUUUUCCCGGCGGUUACUCCUCGUAGCAAACUAGAACCACCUGGCCAAGCAAGCCGGGAUUUUGCGAUUGAGUAUUUCGCCAUAACAUCCCGAUCGAAGUAUUUUUUCAGUCAAACUGAGAUAGAACCUGGGUGGCUUGACUCUUGAUCCGAUACAUGAUCACGUGCUUGGACAGGAACGAGCACGAGAACCACGUUUCACCGAGGCAGUCAACAUUUCGCAGUGUUCGUAUUGUGAAAGUCCGAACCAAAUUUUGGACAGGUUAGACGACACCAGGCAUAUGAUGUAUCAAGAUAACGCGCAAA